GUUCUUUCUUUGCAUGCGGAUUCAAGUUAUGUGCUAUUCGAGUUCCAGUGCUGCCUUCCUUUCAAUCUAUCUUUGCCGAUUGUUCUCCAGGAGGUUCAUAUUGAGUCACGAAACCCUUCGAGUACACUUUCUGCUGCCACGGCUUCUCUUUCCAACAUGGCUACAAAAACAAUUCGAUUUCUGACAGCCUCCCAAGUUCAACGACUUCAUGCGGCACUUGUCAUUUCCAAUGCCGUUCCAACCCAGACAGGCUUACUGGAGUCUGUGGUUCCUUCGCCAAUGAACCUGAAACAUUACGCCAAGGUGGAAGAUGUUUUUCAGCUGGCUGCAAACCUUGCUGAGAAGCUCAUGAAAAACCACGCUUUCCUGGACGGCAACAAACGCACCGCCUUGCUGGCAGCAGAUAUGUUCUUGAAACUCAAUGGUUACUACCUUCAAAAAGUGCCAUUCGCGGAGGAUACGUACGAUAGGGCCCUGUCAAAUGCUCACGUCGCCGUUGUCAACAAUCAAUGGACCGCUGAACAGUUGGGAAACUAUUACAAGUCUGUGGCGAGGCCUCUUGAUUCGUUGACUGCUGAAGUUAUGGAAUUUAGAACUUUGGCGACCGAGUACUAGACUCAUACGCUCCUCAACAUCUGUGUCAUUCUGAAUUGCGUCUGGAUUGAGGGUGUUUCCUUUUUCUCUUUUAUUGCGACGCCUCGUUCUCGAGAUUUCAAAGGGAACUCUGCGUCCCCAAUUGCUUCCAUCUUGCACGUUGGUUCUGAGUUCUGCCCAUUCAUUGCGUCCUUGUCUUGGAGGAAGGGGAGAAGAGCUGAGGUGUCCAUAAUGCAAGUCCCCGUUGAACUAACUCUUUGCAUUUUCCUUCGUGCAACGCUGUCAUCUGUCACAUGUGCACUGGCAGAGUCUG